GGCGGGGGGUGGGUGGUGGCUGAGUAGAGGAAUCGUUAGCAGCAGCAACAACAGGAAGGAAGGCUGACUGUCGCAGUCUUCGAGCUGCAGUGCAGUAUCAGUAUCUCAUGUGCCGCAUUCGCGGAAUGACCGUACAUUCAUCAGGCGGUCGGUUGGAUGGAGGCCGAGCAGUAGAGGCGCAUAGUGCAAUUGUCGUACGCUCUCGCCCUGAGAAGUGGUUGAUUUCCUCGCCUGGACUUCGCCCGUGAGCUGGAGACUCGUCCGCGAUCGCAGAAUGUGCACCCCUGCCUCAGACCACCUUUAAACCCACUCCACCCUUUUCCCUGUGCUACGACGGCCUCUCGGCGACUAGUCGCUGAUCACUUCGCAGCCCUGUGCUCCUCUGCUGCUGCUCGCUCGCUCGCUCCCCCAGGCCUCCUCUCCUGCGCAGCUGCAUGUGGACGCUUCUGAAUAUUUUUCUGCGGGACAUGUCACGGGAACCCGGUCAUGAUAAAUUCUCUUGCCAGCAGUCGCUACGGGAUUGAGCAUCGCAGACGAGGACGAGGACGAGGCCGAGGCCGAGCUCGAGCUCGAGCACGCGCGGGCCGGUUCGCUUCGGAGCGCCAGGCACCUCGUGAUCAUCCGGGCUCGCCCGGUGCACGGAGGCGGCAGGAACGCGUAGACUUGUCGGAGUUGAAUCACGAGGGUGCUUCUCGCGGCUUAGAGUAUAAGGGGUCGAGGUAGACUCGCAGGUCUGUGCGUGGGAGAGGCCGCGGAGCAUUCGACGGGAAUGAUGCUGGAUUGUGGGCGCCUCGGUUGGCUCAGGCUGUAGCAGAGGAGGUUGGAAGCCGGAAUGGGAAACGGAUGGCAAUGAACAGGAAUAAGAUCGGGUUUGCGAUAGAGUACUGGCAUGGUAAUGAAGGAUUCUCAGGAAGCGGCUGGUAGUCAGCCUGAUCAUUCUCCGCCGGAGUCUCCGUAUGGCGACAAGCCGUCUCGUCCUCCGCAUGGUCGCAGCAAUUCACUGCUCCUCCUUCAAUUCCGGACCGAACUCGAGGGAAAAUGGAGACCCGACAAACUGGGUAUCGCGCGCAGGUGGAUGAAUGUCUCGCCGAAACAAUGGUUCUGUCAGAAGGAAGACGUGUUCGAGUUUUCUAUGCGUCCGUCUAUGAUAAUCAGAAAUGCUUCCAGCACGUGCCAGAGACAAGCGCGCAAGAAGCAGAAGGCACGCGGGAAUGCUGCUCCGAAGGCGGCCCACUCAGAGCGCGAGCGAUUUGCCGAACAUGGUCCGCGCAGCGAAGAAAGCGAUAAGUUCAUCGACUACGCUGCGGAUUUGGAGGUCAAGAGGCGCAACGAGCGCAAAGCUCGUCGGCUGCUGCUGGAAGAAGAAGUCAUGAUGCUCCAAAAGCGCCUGUACAAGGAGAUGGAUUUGCACUUGUCGCUGGAGACCGCGCUCGACAAUCAAGAUGGAGGGUUCUCCCAAGCGAGCAAGGAUCUUCCGACUUCUGCGAAAGAGCUGCUCGCGGACAUUGCGUCUUUGGAAGAGGUGGUCGCCGAUCUGGAGGAGCGGGCGGCAAUUCUGGAGUAUCAGAUCGUCGAUGAGCAAAAGGAGCGAGAGGACAUCGAGCAAUCGUACGCAGUGUCGAAGGGCGUGCUGCAGAGGAGCUCAUCGUCCCUGCUACUCACCUCGUCGUCGUCGAUGGCGACUAGCUUAGCAGUGUCGCCUGUCGGGCGCAAGGUUGCUCCGGCGGGCCCCGAGUCGCAGGUUACGUCUCCGGCGCCACGGCAGGGAUUGCUCACUCUGCAGGAGCAUUUGCGCCUGAGCUCGGACGAUUGCGAUCAGUCACCGCCUCUGAGUGUGUAUCGCGAGAGCCCUGCGUCCAAGAAGGGAGGCAUGGGUCGAUGUUCCGAGAAGCACGUGCGGUUCUCGCCGUCGGUGACCACCAUUCAGAAAGUGUCGCCAUUGCUGCUGCCCGAGACAUUCGCGCGGUCGCCUCUGAACUCUCCGACCCAACCUUACUUCCGCACGGAAUACCCUCACACUUGCCCGGAGGAGCCAAUGGCGCAGGAGCCGGGGUCUCCUCGUGGGUCGCGGGGUCCGGUGCAGUCGUCGACCAUCGCCAAGGACUCGGAUUUCUCAUUCCCGUACUCGCCUUCGCGGUACUCGCCGUCUUCUCCCGCUCGGCAUUCCUUCUCUGGGAUUUCGAGCGAUCGGUCCGGCUCGUGUGCGCAAACAUGCCUCGAGCAGGACUUGGCAUCGCUGCCGACAUCGUCGCCUCCCACUCCUGAGCAUCGUGUGAGACCUACGUCACCUGCCAACUUUGAUGAUUUGCGGUUUCUUUGCGAUUCUCCUUCGGAGAGCUAUGUGAAGGAGCUAUCUGAAAUUCGACCAUCCACAGAGCACUCGAAUUCGUGGAGUAAAUCGUCUGAUGAGUUUCAUUCUCCCCAGACCUCAUCCAGCCUGGGUGACUAUCUCUCCGGCGAGUCCAAACCACCAUCGGCCGAGAAGCCUCGAUGCUCAACCAAGUUCCGGGUGAAAAUGAAUCUCCAAGAAGAAUUUUCCUCUGUGAAGUCCCGAAAAGCCUUCACCAUCAGCCGGGGAGAAAACUCGAUGGGACCCUUGUUCCCACCCACUGUGUGCCCAGUGGAGUGUGUGGUCGAUGGGGAUGACCAAUUUCAUUUCAGAGAUUACUCUCAAACACCCAACUUAUUAUCUGAGGAAAUGGUUCGGUGCAUGAUUAGUAUCUAUUGUCACCUUGCAGACCCAGCAGUGGUUACUCCUCCUGUAUCGUCUUAUGACAAUUUGCCAUCACCAACGUCACCUCUGGGACACGUGACUUCAUCCUCCUUAUCGUCUUUCUCUGAGUCCUCGCUUCUCUCUUUCGUUCGAAGUCCGCUAGUGGACUUGCGCAGCAAGGAAGAGAUUUGGGGCAAUGAGAAUACCUUUGACCCGUAUAAAGCUCGCGGUAGAAUCCCCUGGGCAGACCUUGGGGCUUAUAGCAAGGUUCUUGAGGUGCUUUGGAUGUCUGUGCGCAAGGACCAGCUUGGGUACGCGGCGCAGGCACUGCAAAGAUUCAGAUCCUUGGUGGAGCAGUUACCUGCCGUGGACCCUCGGGGUAUGUCACACACGGAGAAGCUGGCAUUCUGGAUCAAUCUGUACAACGCCCUCAUGAUGCACGCUUAUCUGGCCUACGGGAUUCCGCGGAAUGACUUGAAGUACUUCUCACUCCUACAGAAGGCUGCCUACAAUGUUGGUGGUCACUCGUUCAAUGCUGCAACCAUAGAGUUCUCGCUCUUGAGAGGAAGACCGCCUUCCUAUCGGCCUCAAAUUGUUUUGUUGAUGGCACUACACAGAAAUAAGUUUCAUUUGACCGAAGAACAAAGCAGUUAUGCCAUAGACUAUCCAGAGCCUCAAACCGUGUUUGCUCUGUGCUGUGGAGCUCGUUCUUCUCCAGCGGUUCGAAUUUACACUGCGGGAUGUGUCAACAAGGAGCUGAAUCUGGCAUUGAGGGACUACGCACGUGCUUCCGUUGGACUCAGCGCCAAGGGAAAGCUGCUUGUUCCCAAGCUUUUGUAUACAUACGCUCGAGAUGUUGUUGAAGAUGCUGCGAUACUUGAUUGGAUCUGUCAGCUCCUGCCAGCGAAUCAAGCGUCACUGAUUUUGGAGUUCUGGCAGCAAAGACAAAGUCGGCUACUUGGUGCUCGGAAGUUCGAGGUUAUGGCUUUCGAUUUCAAUUUUCGCUACCUGUUCGCCCACAAUUUUGAAAAGCCCGUCGAUGCGUGUUGAGCUUGUAAAUACACUGUUGUCUUUCCCUCCUGUGCAGCCUGCUUACCAACUUAUCUUUUUUUUAUACGGACGAUAGCUCCAUGUUUCAGCAUUUUACUCAAAUGUCGAACCCCAAUACUCGAUAAACGAUCGCUCGUGCUCCCGCGGAUUUCAGUUUUACAAUUUCUCUUGGCUCAGGCUUUUCCCGACUCAGCCAGGUCUUUUCUGUCGGAGGGACUAGAUAGUGAGUUUGUAUAUUAGAAAGAGGAUACGAUCUUUAUACGCCCAAAGGGUGAGCAGACACAGACGGAGUCUGGCUGACCCCUUGAAAAGUUAUACAGUACAUAGAAUCAUUAAAGCCAUGAGAACCCUGGGGUAUAAUAAACGCUUUAAAGCGCCAUUCUUUUCACU